CUUUUCCAAGAGGAGCCCAGAGGAGGACUGGUCUUUUUCUGCAAAUACCAAAACCAUGGCUCAGUCCUGGAAUCAAGAUGUGAGACCAAGAAAUUAUUUCUGAAGAAGGAAAUUUAUGAAAUAGAGUCAGCGCAGUGGGAGAUAAUGGAAAGACUUACAAGACAUGACCUUCAGUGCUCUAGUUUCAGAGAUGAUUGGGAAUGUAAUGGCCAGUUUGAGAAACAACAUGGCUCUCAGGAGGGACACUUCAGUCAACUGAUAUUCACCCAUGAAGGCAUGCCCACUUUCAGUCAGCAUCCAUCCUUUACAUUACAGCAAAUCAUUAAUAAUAAAGAGAAAUACUGUGCAACUAAGGAAUAUAGGAAAACCUUUAGACAUGACUCACAACUUAGUACACAUCAGAUAAUUCAUACCAUUGAGAAACCCUAUGAAUGUAAGGAAUGUGGAAAGGCCUUUAGACAUCCCUCAAGACUCAGUCAUCAUCAGAAAAUUCAUACUGGCAAGAAACCCUUUGAAUGUAAGGAAUGUGGGAAAACAUUUAUUUGUGGUUCAGACCUUACUCGACAUCACAGAAUUCACACUGGUGAGAAACCCUAUGAAUGUAAGGAAUGUGGAAAGGCCUUUAGUAGUGGCUCAAACUUCACUCGACAUCAGAGAAUUCACACUGGUGAAAAGCCCUAUGAAUGUAAAGAAUGUGGGAAGGCUUUUAGUAGUGGCUCAAACUUUACUCAACAUCAGAGAAUUCAUACGGGGGAGAAACCCUAUGAAUGUAAAGAAUGUGGCAAUGCCUUUAGUCAGAGCUCACAACUUAUUAAACAUCAGAGAAUUCAUACAGGUGAGAAACCCUAUGAAUGUAAGGAAUGUGAAAAGGCUUUUCGUUCUGGUUCAGACCUUACUCGGCAUCAGAGAAUUCAUACUGGUGAGAAGCCCUAUGAAUGUAAGAUAUGUGGGAAAGCCUAUUCUCAGAGUUCACAACUUAUUAGUCAUCAUAGAAUUCAUAGUGGUGAGAAACCCUAUGAAUAUAGGGAAUGUGGAAAGACCUUAAAUUAUGGCUCACAACUUAUUCAACAUCAAAAUUUGUACUGGUGAUAAACCAUAGAAUAUAUGAAAUCUGUAGGAGGGCUUUCAAUUACAGCUCAAAACUAUUCAACAUUAGAGAAUUUAUCUUGAUAAUCCCUUUAAAUAGAAUAAUGUGAAAACAUCUUCUUUGUUGAUUCCAGCUUAUUCAACCUGAGAAAAAUCAUGUAGGAGAAACACCCUAUAAGUAGAAUAUAUUUUGGAAGCCCUUUAAUAAAAGCAUAUAUUUCUUUUGACAUUAGAUAAUUCAAGCUAGCAAAUACCGAAAAUCAUAGCACUUUUGACACCUUUUUAACCUUAUUUUAAACCUCAGAAUUCAUAUGAAAUAUAAUCCUAAUUUUCCUU